AAACCGGGCCUGUCCUGCCUCUGGUAGGAUGUGCGGCGGCUUAUUGGCAAUUCUGCGGUCGCUGCUUGAAAUGUUUUAGCGUAUAGCGUAAACAGUGUGUGCUGAAGAGUUAAUUGUUAUAAAUUAAGAAAGAAAGGAGUAUGGAGAACGAUGAACUUUCGUCAGCGGAUGGGAUGGAUCGCUGUGGGGCUGUAUCUGCUGGUUAGUGUUGCUGCAGUUUACUAUGUCUUCGAGAUCAACCAGACGUAUAACCGUCUUAUUCUAGAGCACAUCAAACAGACUCCUCACGAGCCCCAGCCCAGGGAAUCAUCGUGGGCUCACAGCCUGAAGAGCCGCCUGCUCUCCUUCCCCUUCUGGUUAUGGGCUACCAUUUUCCUAAUCCCCUACCUCCAGGUCUUUCUGUUCCUCUACUCGUGCACUCGAGCUGACCCCAAAACCGUAGGCUACUGCAUCAUCCCGAUCUGUUUAGCUGUCAUCUGCAACCGACACCAGACAUUUGCCAAGGCCUCCAAUCAGAUCAGCAGGUUUCAGCUGACUGAUACGUGAAAUAAAUCAUUAAAAAAUAAAAACCCAACAAACGACCAGUGAAGGAUUCUGGCACUUCAGAAAAUCAACACCAUGCGUAAAGGAAGGCAAAUGAGCCAACUAGUGAAACUGCUUGGGAGGGGGAUUUAAAAAUAAAAACAAAACAUUAUAUAUAUAUAUAUAUAUAUAUAUAUAUAUAUACACACACACACACACACACACUGAGUGUACAAAACAUUAGGAACACCUGGUCUUUCCAUGGAAUAGACUGACAAAGUGAAUCCAGGUGAAAGCUAUGUUCCUUUAUUGAUGUAAGCUGUUAAAUCCACUUCAAUCAAUGUAAGAGGAG